CUUUAAUGGACACCAAUGUAAAGAAAAAUUUUCGAAUCUUGUUCGGGAUUACAAUGGAAUCGAAGAGCACGAAGAAGUCGAACGGGUACGUGAUAUUUUGAUGAAUUCCGUACACAUUUUUGGGAGAGACCUGAAGACAAUUUUGAUAGAAUCCGUAACAUUAAUAGCUCUAAUUGUAGACAACGUAGAAUUGGGAGGAAUAAUUCACCCGUAUCAUUUACUGGGGAAGUUGAACAGAAAUUGGGUCGAACAUCACCAGGUAACUGAAGAAGCCGAAGAACUUCUGUUGAUAGUCGAAGAAAUCCAAAAUACUGAUCACGCUGGCUCCGUUGAAAUGUCAUCUCUUCAACCGCCACCACCUUACUCACGGAGUGAGGAUGCUGUCAUAUCUGGGGCCACAGAUGAAACACAAAAUAAUAAUAUUUCUUCAGAAAUGGAUCAGAGUAAUGUUGUUUCUAACCAUGAAGAUGUCUCUGGUAAUAUACCCUCAUCCCAAAAUAACAGUGAUGUUAGUAUAUACGAUGUAGAUAGUCAACCACUGGAAUAA